ACUUAGCAUGAAACAAACCUAGGCCUUAGCUCUAAUAAAAGUUAAUACAGAAAACAAUGAAAAUGCUAAGAUUUUUAGGCAUAUACAGUUUCAUAAAACUCAAGUCAAUGUCUAAUUUAAACUACUGUGGCCUAAAUUUUUCAAGAGCAUACAGUUUUUAUUUGAUUGGCUUAAACCUAAAAUCAACUGUAGGAUUAAUUGUUCAACCCAGAUGUAUACACUUGGAUAUUAGCAGGAGGAUAACAUCUGCCGAGGUGUCUACUCUGAGUGGAAAGAGCUUAGCGGAGAUGAAGUUUGAAUAUCCAGCAGCUAGACGUGACGAGAGUGUUGUUGAUAACUACCACGGAGUCCAGAUCAGAGAUCCAUACAGGUGGCUGGAAGACCCUGAUAGUGAUGAAACCAAAAAAUUUGUGGACGCACAAAAUGCCAUCACUCAACCGUUCCUGGAGAAAUGUCAAUAUCGAACAAAAAUAAAUGAAUAUCUCACAAAAUACUGGAACUAUCCAAAAUAUUCUUGUCCCUACCGGCACGGAAAUAAGUUCUUCUUCUACAAAAACAGCGGUCUACAAAACCAAAGUGUUCUCUAUGUACAAAACUCACUGGAGGAUGAACCGAAGGUAUUUUUGGAUCCUAACACUUUGUCUGAAGAUGGAACUGUCGCUUUGUCGGGUAAAGCAUUUUCUGAAGAUGACAAGUUACUUGCGUACGGAUUGAGUCAGUGUGGAUCAGAUUGGAUCACGAUCCACUUCAAGGAUAUUGAAACUGGUGAGAACUUCCCAGAGGUUUUGGAGAAAGUGAAAUGUUCGAGUAUGACUUGGACUCACGAUAAUAAAGGAAUAUUUUAUGGGAGAUAUCCAGACCAAGUGGGGAAGAUUUCUGGUUCUGAGACGGAGUGCAGUAAGAACCAGAAGCUGUACUACCACACUCUAGGUACUCCACAAUCCCAGGACGUGCUGGUGGCAGAGUUCCCUGAGGAACCAUCCAUCAUUAUUGGUGCUGACGUUAGUGACUGUGGCAGAUGGCUUUUUAUCACUCCUAGAAAGGAUUGCAAAGACAACCUAUUGUAUUUUGCUGAUCUCCAUUCUUUACCUGAUGGGAAAAUCACAGGAAAAUUAAAAUUGACUCCAAUAAUCACCAAAUUUGAGGCUGAUUAUGAGUACAUCACCAACGACGGACCAGUGUGCGUGUUCCGUACCAACAAGGACGCUCCCAACUACCGUCUGAUCAAGAUCAACAUGGAAUGUCCUUCCCAGGACAAGUGGGAAACUCUGGUCGCUCAACACACUAAUGACGUCCUGGACUGGGCGACGGCUGCGGCCAACGACAAACUGGUGCUGUGCUACAUUCACGACGUCAAGAAUAUUCUCCAAGUACACGACCUGACGACAGGUCAGCUAGUGAAGGCUCUGCCGCUAGAGAUGGGGACCAUCACUGGUUACUCAGGCAAGCGGAAGUACGAGGAGAUCUUCUAUCAGUUCACGUCAUUCCUCAGUCCUGGCAUCAUCUACAGAUGUGACUUGUCCAAGGAUCAACUGACUCCUUCGGUUUUCCGAGAGAUGAAAGUGGCAGGCUUCAAUGCAUCUCAGUAUGAAACCAGACAAGUGUUUUAUACCAGUAAAGAUGGAACCAAAGUACCAAUGUUUAUAAUACAUAGAAAGGGAAUUGUAAAGAAUGGAAAGAACCCUGUACUAUUGUACGGUUACGGAGGUUUUAACGUGAGUCUCCAGCCAUCCUUCAGUGUUACCAGAUUAGUGUUUAUCCAUCAUCUCAACGGAAUUCUUGCUGUGCCAAACCUUAGGGGCGGAGGGGAGUACGGAGAGCGCUGGCACGACUCUGGUCGGUUGUUCAACAAGCAGAAUGUGUUUGACGACUUCCACUCGGCUGGGGAGUUCCUGAUCAAGGAUGGCUACACGAGCAGUGAGCAGCUGGCUAUACAGGGUGGCUCCAACGGUGGCCUGCUAGUAGCCGCUUGCAUCAACCAGCGACCAGACCUGUAUAAGGCUGCGGUGAUACAAGUAGGAGUGUUAGACAUGUUGAGAUUCCACAAGUUCACCAUCGGCUGUCUGUGGGUGUCAGACUACGGCAGCUCUGAUGAUCCUAAACACUUCAGCAACUUGCUCAAGUACUCUCCCCUCCACAACAUCAAAGAACCACCAGGAGAUGUGCAGUACCCGGCCACUCUGUUGAUGACGGCAGACCAUGAUGACAGGGUGGUGCCUCUACAUUCACUCAAGUUUACAGCCUCACUACAGCACGCUCUCAGCGACUGCAAUAAACAGACAAAUCCACUUCUUAUCCGCAUUGAAACCAAAGCUGGCCAUGGAAGGGGAAAACCUACAGCAAAAGUGAUUGAAGAGAGUACAGACAUGCUGUGCUUCCUUCAAUUAACUCUUGGAAUGACAUUCACCGACUAAACAGAACUACUGACUUGUACUGUCCUUUCUAUGGUUUAUUAAAAGUAUUUAUAUUGUCAAUUAUAAA